CCGGGCCGGUGGUUAUCCUUCCCUGCGCCGGGCACGCAUGAACCACCAAUGCAAUCCAAUCCAAGCGAAGCCUGCGAUGGGCGGCGCGACGCUCCUCCCGCUGCUGCUCGCGGCGGCGGCCAUUGCGGCCGAGGCCGAGGCCGGCGCGCUGGUGGGCGACAAGUGCGAGGCGUCGGGCUGCGGCGCGGGGAUGCGCUGCGCCAGCUGCUCCCCGCUGCCCGGCUCCGGACCUCCCGUCUGCUCGCGGACGACGCCUCUAGACCCCAAGCAACACCGCGGGACGGAGCUGCCGUUCAACCGCUACACAUGGCUGACCACGCACAACUCCUUCGCCAUCGUGGGCUCCGCCUCGCGCACCGGCGCACCCAUCAUCGCGCCGCCCAACCAGGAGGACUCCAUCACCUCCCAGCUCAAGAACGGCGUGAGGGGCCUGAUGCUGGACGCAUAUGACUUCCAGAACGAUGUGUGGCUGUGCCAUUCCUUCGCCGGGAAAUGCUACAACUUCGCUGCCUAUCAACGUGCAGUGGAUGUGCUAAAGGAGAUUGCGUUGUUCCUGGAGUCCAACCCGUCGGAAGUGAUAACGCUGUUCGUGGAGGACUACGCUGCUCGGGGUUCAGUCGGCAAGGUGCUGCGCGCGUCAGGGCUGAGCAAGUUCGUGUUCCCGCCGGCGAAGAUGCCCAAGGACGGCGGCGACUGGCCUCUGCUCAAGGACAUGAUCGCCGACAGCCAUCGGGUGCUCGUCUUCUCGUCCAAGCCGGGGAAGGACGGCGACGGCAUGGCCUACGAAUGGGACUACGUCCUCGAAACCCAGUACGGGAACGAUGGGCUGGUGGGCGGGUCGUGCCCGAAGCGGUCGGAGUCGCGGGCGAUGGACUCCACCAAGCAGUCGCUGAUCCUGAUGAACUUCUUCAGCACCAACCCCAGCCAGCUCUGGGCGUGCGGCAACAACUCCGCGCCCCUCGUCGCCAAGCUCAAGACCUGCUACGACUCCUCCGCCAACCGCUGGCCCAAUUACAUCGCCGUCGAUUUCUACAUGAGGAGCAGAGGCGGAGGAGCUCCGUUGGCGACGGACGUGGCGAACGGCCGUCUCCAGUGCGGCUGCGACAGCAUAGCAUACUGCAAGGCUGGCUCACCGUUCGGGCGCUGCGCCUUGCCACCAAAGACGGCUGCUACUUCACCGGCGGCGGCUCCACCGGAGACGGACACUAGUAUUAUUUCACCGGCGGCAGCACCACCAAAGACGAUGACUCCAAGUUCACCGAAGAAGGUUACUAUUGCAUUGGAGACAGCGGUGACCGUGAGGGCAGAGGAGGAGGCGUCGACGGGCACAUCCGCAGCAGACGGCACAGCGUCCUCUUCUUCCUCUAACCGCCUGUCCACAAGCUCUUUCCUCUCUGGAUCAUUUGUUCCAUCUCUUCUCCUCCUCAUUUCACUCUCUUAUAUUAAUUAACAUCGAUUGAUCGGGCCUAUGAUCGACGUUAAUAACUUCAUACGAAUAUCACGUCGAUGGACUGCAUGCAUAUGCAUAUCCUAUCCAGCUAUAUGUCCGGCCUCCUGCUAUGUGUGGCAUGUAUGUGUAUAUACUAUAUACCUAGGCUACUUAUUAACUAGUGUAAUGGGUGGUGUAGUAGAGUAAUUCUUGUACCAUAUGCAUGGGAGGAUGCAUGUUGUUAAUGACACAUGUUACUGUCUACGAGGGAAAAGAAAGGAAAGAGAGAAAAAAAAAUGACAUAUGUGGGGUCCACUAUACGACAUGUCAGCAAAACCGAGCAAAAAAAAAUAAGUCCUGAGAGAUCUUUUUUAAACGAUUUAUAUAAAUUUAGAUACACAUUUCUGAUUUUGAUGUUAAGAAAUCUAAGAUGUACUUGACAUUAAGUUGAGAGACUUCU